AUGCGCUGUGGCCGUUUGCGAACUUGCUUUGCAUGGCUGAUCCUGUUGCCCAGCGCUGCCUCUUCUGACCGGGAAGAACUCCCGGAUGCUGAAUGCCAAGUUCCGGCUGUAAACCUCUUGCAAGCACGACUUGAUCAGACUUUGUCGAUUCAAGAUGUGCAGAAGCCAUGGGACGUGCACAUGUACCUUGUCGGUACCACCCACAAAGCCGGCACAUCGCUGCUCAUGCAGGUGAUGGGCGGCGCGUUCCGAUCUCUGGGGGCCACCUACUCGUGCCAAGUUAUGCCGAAUGUUUGGGGGGAGUUGGUCACAGAGGAUGGCAACCACACUUGUGCUGACAGUCCAGAUGCCAAGAUCCGCUUUGACAUAGACGUGACCCAGGAAAGCCUUGAGACUGUUCGAGAGCUCUCUGGCCCAGGGGGGAUGAGGGCCGUGAUGAGCGUCCGGGACCCAGCCGCCAUGCUGGCUUCUGCCUACUGCUACCACCAUCGUGGGGAGGAGUAUGACUUGUGGCCGUACCCGGAGAUCACAUCCAUGGGUCCGGCUGAGGGGAUGCGGCUGCUGUCCGGGGAGCUGCUGCGAAUCUUCGGGCACAUGACAGAGGCCUUCGAGGCGAGACAGAACGAUACCUUUGUGGUGCGCUAUGAGAACAUCACCCGGUCUUCCGAGGACUUCGACUGCAUCUUGCGGGAGAUGAUGGCUUUCCUUUUCGAUGGUCUGAUCACACCUGAAGAGCAUGAGCACAUACUGGCUCAAGCGCAAGAGGCGGAUCUCAACAGGAGGACUGACACCAACUCGACCAAAGACCAAUAUCGUGCCGAGCACACCAACGACGAAGAGUGCGAGAAGACAGCAAUGUUGGUACUCCCGUCGCUGGUGGAUAUCUAUGCCAAUAUCACGAAGCUUCAGCGCCGCUUGCACUAUGCUUGA